GAAAGAAAGAAAGACAGAAGGAGAGUGUGAGACACCAUUGGCUGCUCUUCAGACACAAGCACUGCAGAUAUCUUGUGUGAAACUUUGUUUAUUCAAUCCUCUGGAAAAAUAAUUCCUCAUAAAGACAUUUUCUUUUUUGUUUCCCCCUGAGUGGAAUAGGCCAAAGACUUAUUUUUGUCUGAAGAUACAGGGCACGGCAUUCUUCUCACACUCUAAUUAGCUGAACAGGCCUAACGUGACUCGGUGAAACAAUGGUGUGCUCGGUGAAAUGUUGCUUUUAUUAUUACAAGUAAUUUGAUUACAGGCCUGCUAAUCCCUUUAGACUGUUGUGUAAGCUGCUGAGUAUUAUUAAGCCCUUAAACUAUGAUUAUGGCAUCCUUUCUCCUGAUUUACCGGAUAAGAUGGAGUGUCAUUGUGGCACACUGGGCAUCUUUCAGACUUCAUUUAAUUGGUGCUUCACUGUUGAGGAAUGUCUGAUUGCUCAGGGUAUCUUGAGCCAUUUUGUGCCAAACAUAUUUGCUUAUUGCCUGCAUAAACUGCUAUUGACAUGGUCAUGUAAGACAGCUUGGCUUGAAAGCAGGCUGACCCAGAACGUUUUAACAUUGCUGGCAGUAGCAAUAAGGUUGAUUUGCAGACAGCUCAAGGUUAUAAUUUAAAGUUAAAGGUGCAAUCUGCGUUAUUAUUAUUAUUUUUUUAUCACAUACAGUUUUUGUAAAAAAAAAACUCCGCUAAUAGCCCCUUCCGGUCCUCUAGCUGUCUGUUUGUUCAGUGUCUGUGCUCAACAACACUCUGGUGUCUCAUGCACAGUCCUGGCUCUGUAAAUAAGAAACAAUCAUAAUGGUUUGAUUACGAGCCAUAAACGAUCACAGCCAAUCAACAUAGUUCUUAAGGAGGAUGGAAGGGACGGGUGUAAUUUGAUAGGCUGUUGAGCUCAAAUAUCAACAACCUUUCACGUAACUAAAUCGCGGACUGCAUCUUUUAAUCAUGUGUGUGGCUGUAUACGUUUUUAUAUUUUGCCUCACGUAACCCAUACUGCAAAUGAAUGAAUGCCUGUCCCUGAAGUUUGACCUUGUUUUUCCGGUUCUUUCUCUUUCCCCUCAGACUCGGGCUGACCCUAUUCCCAUCUGCAGCUUCUGUCUGGGAACCAAGGAGUCCAACCGGGACAAGAGGCCCGAGGACCUGCUCUCCUGCGCGGACUGUGGAAGCAGCGGCCAUCCCUCCUGUCUGAAGUUCUCGACCGAUCUGACGGCCAACGUGAAGGCCCUUAGAUGGCAGUGCAUCGAGUGCAAGACGUGCAGCUCGUGUCGAAUACAGGGCAAAAAUGCGGACGAGAUGCUUUUCUGCGAUUCCUGCGAUCGGGGUUUCCACAUGGAGUGCUGCGACCCUCCAAUCUCUAGAAUGCCAAAAGGAACGUGGGUCUGUCAGGUGUGCAGGCCGAGGGGAGGCAGCAAGCUGCUGCUGCACCGAAAAGCCGACCAGAUCCGGCGGCGAUACGCAAAGCCCGUAGGACGGCCGCGGAAGAAAUUCAAGCAAAGAAUGUCUGUUACCGGGGGCGAUGGCUCUGAGAUUGCGCUGGCAGGAAGGGGGUCACCUGGUGCAGAGAGCAGCGCCCCCCAGAGGUCGGAGGAGCAGCCUGUGGCUGUGGCCAGAGAGCAUGUGAGCGAGGAGGACGUGGAGAUCUUCAGGCGGGUCCAGGAGCUCUCCGCACAGAGAACUGGGAGUAUGAACAGCACAGACUGCUCGGGCCGCAGCCCUGCGGUCAUUGAGUUUGGAAAGUACGAGAUCCAAACGUGGUACUCCUCACCUUACCCGCCUGAAUACUCCCGGUUACACAAGCUGUACCUGUGCGAGUUCUGCCUGAAGUACAUGCGGAGCAAGAACAUCCUGCAGCGGCACGUCAAGAAGUGCGGCUGGUUCCACCCGCCUGCCAACGAGAUCUACCGCAAGGCUGACCUCUCUGUGUUCGAGGUUGAUGGCAACGUGAGCAAGAUCUAUUGCCAAAACCUCUGCCUGCUUGCCAAGCUUUUCCUGGACCACAAGACGCUGUAUUACGACGUGGAGCCCUUUCUCUUCUACGUUCUCACAAAAAAUGAUGAAAACGGCUGUCAUCUCGUUGGCUAUUUCUCAAAGGAAAAGCUUUGCCAGCAGAAGUACAAUGUCUCCUGCAUAAUGAUCAUGCCCCAGUACCAAAGGCAGGGCUUCGGACGCCUCCUCAUUGAUUUCAGUUACCUUCUCUCGCGGCGGGAAGGACAGGCGGGCUCCCCGGAGAAGCCGCUGUCGGAUCUGGGCCGCUUAUCCUACUGGGCGUACUGGCGCAGUGUCCUGCUGGAGCAGCUGCACGCACUGGCUGACCGCCGCCUCAGCGUCAAGGGCCUGAUCCGGGCCACGGGCAUGUGUCCGCACGACAUCGCCGACACACUACAACAGCUCAGCAUGAUCGACAAGCGCCACGGCAGGUUUGUGAUCGUACGCAGAGAUGACCUGAUCCAUGAACACAUGGAGCGGCUGAGGGCUUGCCCACGGGCCAACGAGGUCGAUCCCGCCUAUCUGCGAUGGUCGCCCACGGUUGCGGUGAACAUCGUGCUGUCGGAGGAAGAACGCGAGGCUGAGAUGGACGCGGAGCGACUGACGGCACGGGCCAGCUGCUGGGAGAAGGAAGAGAGGGACUCGUUCACCGGCCACAGCCACAUCGCCCGCCGGCACCUGGCCAAGGUGCGCUGCAAAAACCCGUACCGGCACUUGGAGCACUGCUCGGCCUCGGAGGACAGCGAGGACAAUGAAGAGGAAGAGGCAGAUGAGGAAGAGUAUGACAGCUCACCGCCCAUCCUCACCAAAGCGCAGGCCAUGUUUGGGGUCAAGAGGAAGAAACCCAUUGCACUCAAGAAGAAGCGCGGCCGCAAGCGCAAACGCAUCAACAGCAGUGUCACCACGGAGACCAUCUCCGAGACGACAGAGGUCCUGAACGAGCCCUUUGAGAACUCCGAGGACGAGAGGCCCAUGCCGCUCCUGGAGCGCUCUGCGCGAUUAGGAGACAUGAGCGAAGAGGAAGAGGAGGAGGAGGAGGAGGAGCACAGAGACGAAGAGAAGGAGACUCUCACUGUGCGACCGACCAAGAAACGGAGGGGUCGGCCAAGGCUGCUGAAGAACGAGGAGAGUGACAAUCGGAAACAUUGGAACGAAGGUUCUGAUGUCUCGAAGAAGCUGGGGAUCCCCCGGCCAAUCAAGCGCAAGAAGGGCUGGCCGAAAGGAGUCAAGCGCGGCCCCCCGAAGUGGCGACUGAAGAAGGAAUGUAAAAUGGGCUUCAAGCUCAACCUCUACACCCCGCCCGAGACGCCGCUGGAGGCUGACCACCACAUCGCUGCUGAGGAGCCCCGGUUGGGGGGCGGGGGCGGGGGCGACGACCCACAGGAGCCCCCAACCAUCACGGAGGAGGCCAGCGAGUCGGGCACGGCCCCGGGAUCCGUGGACACUGAUGCGGGGAGGGUCCAAUCCAGGCCCGCCAGCCCGGAUCAGCACCUCGCCAGCCAGCCGGGCUCCCCGGAAGGCUCGCCGGGCCAGGAGGAGCUCCAGCUGUCAGCGGCCUCACCAGAGCAGGAGGAUGAUGACAACGACGUGGAGGAUCAAGACGAGGAAGAGGAGGAGGAUGACGAAGAGGAGGAGGAGGAGGAGGAGGCGGCGAUACAAAGUUCCAUCCGGGUUGCAGCUCAGCAGGAGGAGGAAGAGGAGGAGGAGGAGGUGGAGGAAGAAGAAGAAGAGGAUGAUGAUAAUGAGGAGGAGGAGGAGGAGGAAGAACAGCAGCCCAGUCGUGUAGAGGAGCAGGACCAGGACGCGGACGAUGAAGACGACAGUCACAACGACCCCGCCGUGGUGGAGAAAGAGCAGGAGCCGGCCGAGCAGACCAGUCUGAAGGAGGAACCUGACUACGCUCAAGAUCUUUUAGCUCCCAGCGAGCCAAGCGAGCCAAGCAGCCCAGUCCCUGCUCCAGAGGAGCCAGUCAUUCCCAACAGCACAGCACCCUCACCCUGCAGCAGUCCUGGCAUUCCAGAGCCAGAAGAGCCAGCAAUAUCCAACUUUGAGCCUCCUGCAGAAUCUGAACCAGAGGACGAAGAUGAGGAGGAUGAGGAAGAAGAGGAGAACCAGCCAAGUCGUACUCCCCCUCAUGUUGAGGAAGUCGAGAAGCCCCCAGCCAGCCCCCCAAUACAGGCGGAUCCCCCUUCCGUCUGCCCGGAGACAGACUCCGAGACGGCGCAGGCAGUGCAGUCGCUUACCCAGGAGGCCGAGCGGCAGGAGGACGGCGGGAUGUACGCAGACUGCGUGGAGACCCAGGAGGCCUGCCGCAGCCUGCAGACGUACACUCAGCUGGAGCGCAGCCCGGCGCCGGCGUCAGCGCACGCCGCACUCGACGACUACUCCCAGUCGGAGCGCAGCAGCCCCAUGUCCUCCGUCCCCUCCUCCCACCCUAGCCAAUCGGUGCGCUCCGCCAGCAGCCCCACCGUCACCAUCCUGGAAGCCGGCAGCUACACCCAGAUCAGCCCCGAGCAACAGGGUGGUGGUGGUGGUGGUGGUGGUGGCGGGGGCCCCAUCUCCGUCCCCUCCCUCGCCAUGGAGACCAGCCCCAUGAUGGACGUGCCGUCGGUGUCGGACCACUCGCAGCAGGUGGUGGACAGUGGCUUCAGCGACCUGGGCAGCAUCGAGAGCACCACGGAGAACUACGAGAACCCCAGCAGCUACGACUCGUCGCUGGGUGGAGGGGCGGGGGGCCCCGGAGGAGGAUCAGCAGCGGGGCCCGGGUCCUCCCAGACCAGCUGCUCCUUCGGGGGCCUGGCGCCCAGCAGUUGUGCGGUCAGCCAGCAGAUGGCCGGCCUCAUGCAGCCCGGGAGCCUGAGCUCCCCCCAGCACUGCAUCGGCAGCGUCAAGUCGCCCAACUGCAUAGUAGUGGUGGAGCGGCCGCCCAGCAACAGCCAGCACGGACCCCACGCCGGACACCCCCAGCACGGGCAGCACGGCGGCCAGCACCCCCAGCACAGCCACGUGGCCCAACUCGGGCCGCACGGACAACAUGGGCCGCACGGUCACAGCCAUGGCCAACUCGUUUCGCACAGUCACCUUAGCCAACACGGACAGCACCCUCAGCACCCACACCACCCGCAAAAUGCAUUACACAACCCGCACGCUUCGCAUCCCACUCAGGCUCAACACGCUCAACACGGCCCUCACAGUCAACACGCUCAACACGUCCAACACGCUCAACACGGGCCGCAGCAACAAGCGCUCCACGCCCCACACCCGGCGCAGACCCAACACCGGGUGCAUGCACAGCACAUGUCGACGCGAGCGCAGCACGGCCAGCUGGUGCACCACGCCGCCCCCCAGACCCCACACAGGCAGCACGCGGCUCUGAGUCAACACGCCCAGCAGCACUCGACGCACGCCCAACACGCAGUCCACGCGCAGCGCGCUCAACACGUCCCUCACCACGGCCACGGCCACAGUCACGGCCCCCACAGCCAACACAGCCUUCACCCCCAGCAGCAGUGCGGUCUGCCCUCCAACUUCUCCAGCCCCAUGCAGCUGGCCGAAAUGGCCGGGGAGCCCGGCGGCCCGCCAGGCCUGAGCCUGUAUGAGCGCAUGGCGCCCGGCGAGUACAGCGCCACCUACGGGCAGCCCUCGGCCACCUUCAGCCUGGCCAAGCUGCAGCAGCUCACCAACACGCUGAUGGAGCACCCGAUGCCGUUUAGCCACACCAACGCCCCGCACCCCAUCAGCUCCUAUGCCAGCGGCGGGGCAGCGCUCUCCUCACAGCUCAGCGGCCACAGCGGCGCCCCCGGCGGACCCGCCCAGCCCCAAGCGCCCCCCACGCCCAACCUCACCCCGUCUCCCAUGAUGCUCCAGCGGAACAUGGCCGCCGCCGCUGGCAUGGGGCUCCCGUCGUCACAGAGGAUCCAGACGCAGGUGGGCGGUGGCACCUCCGUGUCCUCCGCUAAGAGCCACGCUGCCGCCCGCUCCAAGUCCACCCCGCUGGCGCACCCCCCUCACCCGGCUUCACACCACCACGCGCCCCCUCACGCUCAUGCCCACGCCCACGCCCACCCCCACGCCCAUCACCACCACCAGCAGCAGCAGCAGGUGUCUGUGCCCAUGCAGGCGCCGAGCACCACCCUGGGUGCCAUGCCGCGGCACGUCAACAUGGGCGUGAACAUUAUGCCCGCAGCGGCUGCCUACAACUCCAUGAACUCCAUGAACGUAAACGUGCCGACGCUCAACGGCAUGAACAGCUACCGCGUGAGCCAGCCCAUGAUGAACAGCGGCUACCAUGGCAACCACGCAUACAUGAACCAGUCACCGCAGUACCCUAUGCAGAUGGGCAUGAUGGGUAGUCAGCCCUACCCGCAGCAGGCCAUGCAGGCACCGCCGCCACCGCAUGGCAACAUGAUGUACUCCGCAGCCGCAGCAGCAGCGGCUGGUCACCACGGUUACAUGACCACGGGCAUAGCCAAACAGUCUCUCAAAGGACCUUUCAUGAGGCGGUAGCUGAAGCCCCCCCCACACACACAUAUACACACACACACACACACACACACACACACGUUCAUAUGGUCUUGAGAUGCACUGCUUUUGCCUUUCUGUUUGUCUCUGAGUCAUUACCCCUUGAAGUUACUGAAAAACCAGCACUUGGCAGGAAUGCAAAAAUGAAAAAUCAACAAUAAAUAAAAAAAAUAAUAAAAUAAAGAGAGAAAGUUAUUUUUGACAUUAGAGAAGCAUUUGUGCUAUUUUUUUCUUUCUUCUGAAAAGAAAUUGGAAGCCUUACUUAAUAAAAAGCUAAUAAUGGUAAUAAAAAAAAAUUUGAAUAGCCUUCUGGGGGGGAUCGGGACUAAAGGGGGCGUUGUUGCCCAGUUCCCCCUCAGGGGCAAACCGUCUCAUAGCAGCUUCCUAGAAGCCAUGAAAUGUGCCUGCUGCAGACGGAGCGAGCGGACAUCAUGGCCUUUUCCAGCCGACCUGUCAAACAGUGCUGAAAAGUCCGUUUGUACCAUACUCUUUUUGCCUUUGUACAUUUAAAUUAUUCAGACUUAUUUUGCAAAGUGACGAUUAGCAUGCUACAGAGUCUAUGUUAGUGACAGUGCAUUCAAGUAGUACUGUACUUGUGUCGUGCUUAAUAGCAAGCCAUUUUAAACAUGUUGGGCCUUCACUAGGUUUCCCUGGACUGGGGAAAGAAGAUGACAAAUUAUAUUUUGUUAAUUCUGAUACUGUACAAAAAAGAAAACACCCCUGUAAACUUAGUCCUUGUUUUUUUUUUGUUUUUGUUUUUUUCUUUUUUUUUUCUUUUGUGUUUGAAAGGUUUUAUUGAUAUGUACUGUAUGUAUAAUUCUGAACUCUUUUUGUAACAAAUUUCUUCACGGCAGCUUUCUGUUUUAUAAUGCAGACUGAUGUGUCAGAAUAAUAAAAACACAUAUAUUUCAGAGUUUGUACCCAGUUCAAUUCCAAAACAUUUCGAAAUGUAGACUGAUCUCAGAAUUAAAACGAAAGUAAAUGACUAUGAUAUAGAGACCUAAUUUAGUCCAAAGUUGAUAUUUUACAAAAAAAAUGCCUUGGAAUUUACACUUUCAUUCCAUGUGUAGAUUUGUUUUCUAUCUUUAUAAAACAAUGUUGGAUUUCUAUUUUACAUAAAGGUGGUGUAGAGCCUGUGAAUAGACCAAACGAAAGCUAACAGACAACUGCAUGUAAAAAGCGACUUGUAUUUGUGUUUUGUUUCUAUCACUCUUUUUGUAGCCUUUGUACCAAUACAGAGUGACUGGUACCAUGGCAACGGAGUCUAAGGGUCGGGGUGGGCAAUCCUGGUCAUAUGUACAGAUACGACGCUACGACAAGUCAUGUAUUUAUGAGUUAUCAUUUAGUCAGUCGAAUAAAAAAACAAAAUGCUGUACAUUUUAGCGUAAAAUAAAUUAUGAUCAACCAUGUA